UGUUGUUUUGUACCUUGAUUGAAUAUUUUAGUCCGUUGAAAUAGCACACUAAAAUAAUCUUUGCAAACUUUGCUAGCAAGGGACUUUUUAUAGUAUGCUUGCUGGUGUCCCGACGCAGAUUUGUAGUUUCCUAAUCGGCAAAAAGCCUGAAAGCGAAACUGCGAAAUACUGGCUAUAAGCUAUAGAUGACUUGCUAUCUUGGUAAAUUUUUUGUUUUUAUUUUUUGGCAGGCAAAAUAAAUCAAUUUAAUUAACUAAUAAUUCUUUUUAGAAGGUCUGAUUGGUUAAAAAACUAUUUGCCUCCCGAAAUAAAAUGUAAACAAUGCUUCUAGCAAGUCAUCUAGCUAUAGAUUUCCUAUUUUUUAGGGCUUUUUGUUCAAAUAAUCUCCUCCCUCCCACUCCUUCUUCAACCACAAAACCACCAUUAGUUAAAACAGUCAAUUUAAAUGUAGGUUGGCAGGUUUCAAGUUGACAUUUUUUGACUGUUAAAGAAUCAAACAAUCAAACCACAAGGGUCGUGGCUGCCAGAAAAGAUCCCCUGUGUUUGCAAGUGAAAACUGCAGCCAGCUGUUAUUACACCACAUGGAACCAGGUCAAAAUGACAGAAAUAAAAUAGUUUUAGUACUAGCGGCUUCUUAUAUCUCUAGAGGGGGAAUUUAUUUAGAAUGUGGGAAUACAUGGAAUCCCAGUCCCGAUAUUUGCACAAGCAUCUAAGUGAUUAUGUAAUGCCCGAUGUGUGUGCAAACAUGAAGGUAAAAAUGCAAACAAACCAAGCAGACACGUUACCUCCAUUUCUGCGAACACAGGAAAAACACGGUACUAUGAUGAUUGAGUGUAUUCAGACCCUGCUAAUAGAACAUACAUUUGUAAGACCAGGAAGCACAAUGCUAGAAAAAUUGUAUAACAUUUGUUUUUCAAAAAGCUCCACAGUUUUCUUUCUCUGUGAUGAAUGAUGAUAAAACAAACUUCUAAUUAUUUAGAGCUUUCUAAGGUUUUAUUUGAUAUUAAAAUAGAAAAUAUUAUAAAAAAAUAUAAUAAUCAUAAUAUCACACUUUGAUCUCCCCAUAAAGCCAUGUAUCUGCUUCCAAAGCUAGCAUGUUCUGCUACGAUAAAAAAGAAACAAGAAUGUGAAAUGAUGGUUGCACACAAUUAGCCGUUAAAAUUAGUAGAUUAGUCCACUAAUUAGUGGAUUAGUCCACUAAUUAGCAGCACAUCGACAUUGCAAUUAGCCAUACUGUACUAUUUAACUUAUUAUAUAAGUAAGUAAAUAAUACAUUUUUAUAUAUAACAACCAAAGAAUUUACAAGGUUAAGAGCAUCAUCAAUAUAAUUACAAAGUCUUGAAUCAAAUUUUAUGGCUGUUAAUCAGUUAAAGAGAUAGUCACUACUUUUUUCACUAAGUUUUAUAUUUUGGAAUCGCUUGCACAAACAAAAUUAUUGAAGCUUGGGGCACGCGAUUUAUUGCUUGGGUCCUUUUUUCUUAUUGAUAGUUCUGGAAAAGUGUUGUAAAGUCAGAGCAAUAUAAGGACUCCUUGUGGACAACUUUUUAGAUGUCCCCUAGUUCUUUCCAUGAUCUGUUGAAUUACCCUCUUUGAUUCUUGUUUAGAAUUAUAUAUUAUGUAAGCAUGCAUGUACAUGGUUAUUCUUUAUGAGGUGUAAAAAAGAUUUUUGUGCUUUCAUACUAUUGCUUCUGUACGUAGGCUACCAAUGAACAAAUAUCUUGUUCACAAAAGAUUAAGUUGGUUAAAAUUUGUAGUAGAAAUUUACCUCAUUUUAGUAUAAAUAUGGAGAAAUACAUUCAACAGUCAACUUCCUUAUUUGGGAGCUUAAAAAAUGCUGUGCUUGGCAACCCUGUGACACGUGAAUUUACAAUAGGUCCACAGGUUGCAACUUUUGGGCCAGGCUUGUUAUGGAAGGUAUUUGAUGGGAAAAAGAAAACAACAGGGCAGGAUGUUUCUGUAUUUAUAUUUGAGAAGAGUCUUAUUGACAGAUAUGACAGAAGGGAUCGUGAAUUCAUAUUAGAAAAGAUGCGUCAUGGACCACAUCAACUUACAAAGUUACGCCAUCCCAGAAUAUUAACUGUACAACAUCCUUUAGAAGAAUCAAGAGACUCGUUAGCCUUUGCAACAGAGCCUGUGUUUGCAAGCUUAUCCAACGUCAUGGGAAAGCAUGAAAAUUUUCCAAAUGGUUUACCAUCUAGUUUUAAGGAAUUCGAAUUAUAUGCAGUUGAAAAAGUGUAUGGCUUAUUACAGAUAGCUGAAGGCCUUUCUUUCUUACAUAAUGAUGCUAAUCUUAAUGAAGGCAACCUGACUGCAGAUAAUAUCAUUGUCACCAAGAGUGGUCAGUGGAAGCUUGCAGGGUUUUUCUUUUCCAUGUCAAAAUUGGAUAACUCACUCAUUUCAGAAUAUACAACACGCGUUCCACCAAUUGGUCGGCAAGACUUAAAUUAUUUAGCGCCAGAAUGGGUUUUAAGUCAAUCAGGACAAUUUUCUUUCGACCUCUGUAAAUCAGAUAUGUUCUCAUUUGGCUGCUUGAUUAAUGCAGUAUACAACUUUUUAAAAACACCAUUUGAUGCUGGUGACAGUAUAGCUGCUUAUAAAAAAUGCACUGAACAGUUAAGUCGAUUUGGAAGUGACUAUUUGAAAAAUGUACCUAUCGCAGUUCGAGAUCAUGUGACUCUGCUGUUAAAUGUUGCAAGUGAAACCAGACCAGAUGCAAGCUCAACAUUAUCGCACCCGUUUUUCGAUGAUGUAGCUGCAAUGACUUUAAAAUAUCUUGACACACUUAUACAAAGAGACGAUGUGACUAAAUCCCAGUUUUUUAAAAACCUUUAUAAUGUUCUGGACAAGUUACCAUUGCGUGUGUUGCAUCAACGUGUAUUGCCACCAUUAUUUGCUGAAUUUCCUAAUCACAUGAUGAUUCCGUUCGUUUUAACAAAUGUUUUCUUGGUGGCGGAACAGUCUACAAAAGAGCAGUACAUGACACUAAUCUUUCCUGAAUUGACAAAAAUCUUUCACAUCACAAAACCAAUACAAGUGCUUUUAAUUUUCAUGCAGAAGAUGGAACUGAUGUUGAAAAUGACAUCCAAGGAGGAGAUUAAAAAUUAUGUACUUCCCCUGAUAUUUAAAGCAUUAGAAGCACCAUCAGAACAAAUACAGGAAUUGGUCUUGACCAUCAUCCCAGAUUUUGUACAUAUGAUUGAAUAUUCUUCUUUAAAGAAUGCUAUUAUACCGAGAUUAAAAACAUUGGUAAUGAAAAGUAAAUCAUUGAAGGUGCGAGUGAAUUCUUUAGUUUGUUUUGGUAAAAUAGUCGACAAAUUGGACAAGUUUGUUUUGGUUGAUGAAGUGUUCCCUGCUUUGAGACAAGUACCAUGCAAAGAACCUGCGACUUUAAUGGCUAUUUUAGGUAUAUAUAAGCAGACGUUACAACAAAAAAAGAUUUAUUUGGAGAAGGAGUAUCUUGCAACAACUGCCAUUCCCUUUCUUCUUCCACUAGCUGUUGAACCUACGUUGAACGUGCAGCAGUUUAAUAAUUUCAUGUCAGUGGUACGAGAAAUGUUCGAUCGUGUAGAGCAAGAACAUAGAACAAAGUUGGAACAACUUCAGAAGAUGCAGGACGAGCAAAGAUCGUCAAUAGAUUUUGUAAAAGCUGCUAACAAAAACAUCGAGACCGACGAUAUGGAUAGCGUCAUGUCGAAAGUGGAUAAACUCGUUGUCGGUACACCUUCUCACAAUGCCACGGGUAAAUCCAUUGGAGCAAACUCUGAGUUUGCUAAAAUGUUUGGUUUAAGCGACGAGUCUUCAAACGUUUCAAAAUCAAUACCAUUGAUGGGUAUGUCUACUGUUGGCACAUCAAACUCGACAUUAAGCGCCAGUUCUUCUCUCGAUCCGGUUUCUCGUCUAAAUAGAUCUACACUGGGAUCGUCAGUCACACAAUCAUCACGAGCGACAUCAAACAACCGACAAAUAGGUGCACAAGUAAAUUCAGCUACUUCAAGGAUGAUGGCUAACAACUUAAAUCAAAUUUCAACUCCAAUGAUGACAGGGUCUUCAUCCACGCGAAAUUAUUCCAACAAUCCAACCAGUCAAUCACAAAAAUUAGAUAUGUCAAGUUUUGAUUCUGUGCUCACACCAGAAAUGGGUAAUUUCAAAGCUCGACAGUCACAAAUGUCCAUGAAUUCGAUACAACAACAAGCAAAUUACUCAGGUUUGUCGCAGCUUCAACCGAAUCGUAAUAACGCUUUUGGACAACCCAUGUUGGGAUAUCCACAAAACAAUCUAACUAAUAGCUAUACUCCAAGACAACCGAUGAUGCAAUCACAACCUAUGAUGCAAUCACAAUCUAUGAUGCAGUCACAAACGCUACCGCAGAAUAAUAUGACGAAUUUUAGUCUGUUACAACCAACUCAAACGUCAAAUAUGUUACAGCCUAUGAAUGUCGGUGGAACACAAGCUAGUUUACCCAAUCAAGAUUUGAAUGAUUUAUUAUUAUAAUGUGCAAUCUCGUUCCCAGUGUGUUUUUGUGAAGGUGUCUAGUUAUCACCAUGGAGGUGUACAUUCUCAUUUACAUUUCGUUGCGUAUUUUUUGUGUGUAUGUGUGUGUUUCCUGUCACAAUACAGAGGGUGGUGAACAUGUGGUGCGUUUUUACAAAAAUUAAUUUGAAUCAAUUUUAUAAGCAAGAAAAAUUAUUUAUUUGUAUAUAUUAUAUUUUUCAGUAAUAUGGAAUAUAGAAAGAAAUUAGAAA